AUGACUCAUUCUAUAGAAGAGGAAUUUCCGAACCGACAGCUCGGAGGGGGUCCCGAACAGACCGAGCAGGAAGCCGCAGGGGAACAGAAGGGGUGUGUCCGGGACCUGGAGGCCCGCCAGGCCCUGAGAGGCCGGAGAAGCAGCCCCACCGCGGCCCCCGCCUUUGCCGGCCUCGGGCGGAGCGCCAGGACCCGCCUCUCGCCGACGCCUCACUUCCCUUCCGUCCGGGCCCGCGGGCCGGACAGAAGGUGGCCCGCGCCGGCCCCCACAUUCGGGGCUUCAGCUUUGGGACACAGCGCCACCCGCUACUGUUUCAGGCCCCCGGCUUCGGCUCGGCGCCCCGGGACCCCUUCCCUCCAGGCCCUUCAGCCCGGCCCCCUGCCUCCCACCCGCCUCCUUUACCUGCUCCAGGAGCGGGCGCGGGGCGUCGAGCGCACAACGCGGCGCCGCGGGUCCGCAACCCUUUCCCGCCGCCACUGCGCUCUCCCGCGCGGCGCAGGGCUGGCGAGUAGCUGCCGCCGCUGGGGGAGACGCGCGGCGAGCACGCCGGGCGGGGAGACACUGCCGCUCUCCGUCCGGCCGGGGAAGAACAGCCUCGCAGGAGCCAGCCGCGAGAGGGCGGGUGGGCGGCCGAGUGGGGAGGGGUCUCGAGGAGCAGGCAAUGGCUGCCACGUCGCCCAGGUAGAUGGCCGCCCUCCGCCUCCCCCUCGCCCGCCGGCCGCGCGCCACGACCUCUGGUUUGUCCUCAAGCUCUGCCAGGGUGCAAUGGCCCGCCCCGCGGGGCGGCCCGGGCGACCCGAGCCCGCGGGCGGUCCCACGUCUCCCGCUCCCCCAGAGGAGCGAGACCUGGCCUGGCGUACUGCGGCAUCGGCCCCUCCACCCCCAAGGCCCGACCGAAAGACUGUCGUAUCUCCCCCUUUGCCGAUCAGAGGGGUCACGGGAGGAGCACGCCUCUUUGCUCGAUUCUUUGGGAAAGCAAGCGCUGUUUCGCGCUAGUGAACGUUAGCAACAAGGGACCCUGAAUUUCUGCCAAAUCUUCGGUUGAAGGUUUUGCCUCCUGGUUAGACAUGAUGACAGUGGCUUCACCCGGCGGUCUCCGCACAGCAGCAGCCUCGGAGAGGGUAAAGCAUCAGAGAAAUACUUUCCUGCUGGCCUUGAAGAUGAAGGAGGCUAUGAAGGUGCUGUGUAUAAGGAGCUGGGGUGUCUGGACAUGCUGAGAGAGGUCCUUAGUCGAGGGCCAGCCAAGAAAUGGGAACCUCAGUAACACAACCACAAGGAA